AUGUUAAUAUUGUUUACAGUUGUUUUCAUAAAUCGCAGGAUAUUUGGCAAAUUUUUUACUAACUCAGGUUGUCAAAAUAACAAUAAACAUCAACCUGAAUUGCUAGAUUAUUGGAAAGCACUAGGCAACAAAUUUGCUGCAUAUCAUGACCCGUAUCAUAAAAAUAAUAGUCCUGACUUGAAAAAAAUUCAAGUCAGGUUAAAUAACUCAAUCAUUUUCAGAGCUCUGAUAUUUUUUACUUCACAUUAUGGUGAUAAAGUUCAAACUAUUAAUACUUUUAAUCAUAAUAUUUAUAACUUUUAA